ACCACACAUGCGCACUGUAGGGGAAUGUGCGUUGCUAAGGACUCUUUGAGGAGUGUUGCGGGUUCCCAGCUACGGAGCCCUGUGCUGAGAGUGAGAUAGUGGUGCGGGGAUGUCAUUUCCUCAAGUGACUGGGGCGACAUUGGGGUGUUCUGUGUGUGCUGAGAGGUUCCCCUACUUAUUCCACACUACAGAAAUGGAAGCACAUUCCUUAACAAUAGAAACUUUGAUGGAGCCCCCAAAGCUGCUAAGAAGACCUCUUCCUCCCAAAGUCCUGCCUUCUCUUAAUGAGCAGAGGCCAAAAACCAGCAGAAAUGAAGAUAAGAUGGAUGGACAGCAAAAGCCUACACCAGCUGCAGCUCUGUUACACAGCCAUGAUCUUCCUAGUAAUCCCCAUAACCCAGUGUUAAGAAGCCAUAACCAGGCUGAACCUAGUGGCUUAUCCAGCUUCCCCAAGAGAAGCCACAAAAAACCACCAGUAAAAAUUCCUCCUCUUGAUGACUUUUACUCGGAACCUCCAUCAACACCAGUCACUCUGAGUGGUCUAAUUAGACAGACGGUUUUGCUCCCAAACACUGGCACCCUUAGCAAACCAGUUCUGUCUCACACACACUACAACAAUAUUGAAAAUUAUAUUGCUAAAAUACUGAAUGAAAAGCAAAGCCAACUAACCAGUGUACUUUUGUCUCCAUGGGAUAUUCCAGAGGUGGCAAGAAGAAUUCCAGAGCAGCAGCGUAUCCUGGAACUUCAGCUCGAGAUGUCCAGUCUGGGAGAAAGGAAGAUUACAGGGCCUGUGAACCAGCUUGUUAGAUCACAAUAUUGCCAAGGCUCAGAUCCGAUGUAUGAUGAUACGGGCCAAGGACAGCUCCAGCAAAUGCUCGUAUCUCGCAGUAACUUUGCAGUGCUGGAGAGCCUGGUACAUGGAGGAAGCAUUUUGAAUCUUAAGGCAUUUUUCAUAUCUAAACUUCCAGAUCUGACGCCUCUCUAUAACACCUUGGUCUACCUCAACUUGUCUUUCAAUGAUCUGCGGCACUUUCCCAAGGAGGUAUACAAGCUGGAACAUUUGGAAGUGCUUAAGCUAAGGAACAACCCUUUAAAAGAAAUCCCUUUUGGAAUUCACAGUCUCAAAAAGCUCAGAUCCUUCAUCAUGUCCUUUUGCCUUUUAUCCUCCCUCCCAGAGGGUCUGUUCCAGCUGUCGUGCCUCCAGGUGCUGGAUGUUUCCUACAACAGUAUUUCAUCAAUUUCCAGCAACAUCUCUAACCUCAGGGUGCUCGAGUUCCUAAAUGUAGAAGGCAAUAACCUGCCAGCCUUACCCUGUGGGGCAUUGAAACUUCAGCUUAGAUGCCUGCGUGUCCGGAACAAUGCCAUGCACCCGCUGUUCUGGAGAGAAAACAGCCAUAUUGGGCCACAGAGACUGACCGACCUGGCAGCUGCUUUUCUGGCCAGAAGCAAUUUGUUCCAUCAGUUGAACCAUAUUCCAUCUGAAGGCAAACAGAUACUGGAGAAUUCCAGAGUGUGCGAUUGCUGCAGAGGAUCACUGUAUGGUGAAGGACUGCUCUUUAUUCGGCCCUGCGAGAAAAUCUUUGGCGUACGCAAACUCCCAUUCAUGUUCCGAGCCUGCUCUCCAACCUGUUAUAAAGCCUUCAUGAGCCAGACAGAGACACUUGUGGAACAACUGUAUGAACGCUGAUCUUCCCAUGCUUCUCUAGUGGGCUUUAGUCAGCUUUACCCCCUACAACUGCACCUCUGUCCCAGAAAGUCCUGCAUGAACCUCCUAAAUAUCGCUUAUGCAGCUCAGUGUUGCAGUGCUCUCUAUUUGUCUCAGUUCCCAACAUGCAUCAUGGCCCAUAAUGUCUUUUCCCAUCAUCAAGGCAACCGUAUGGCAUUUUUUCAUAUUUACAUGACUUUGCUGAAUUUAGUGCAGGCAGUGGUGCUGAUGGGGGGGGG